GCCUCGGCGCGAAUGGAGGGAACUUUGACCUGUCUGGCCGCUGUCAACGCCGGUUCGCUGGUACCAGUGCCUCUGUUGAGUUAACCUAGCAAACUUUGGGCUUUCUGUAGCGGGACCGUUUCGCUUGAGACGAGACGAAAGGAAAGCAAUGAGUGGAGAGGAAUCCAGGAGAGGCUCAUCGAGGGGUGGGAGUGGAGGAUGGAGAGGAAGAGGUGGUGGUGGAGGAUGGAGAGGCGGAGGAGGUGGUGGAGGAUGGAGAGGCGGAGGAGGUGGUGGUGGAUGGAGAGGUGGAGGAGGUGGUGGAGGAUGGCGAGGCGGAGGAGGUAGUGGAGGAUGGAGAGGCGGAGGAGGUAGUGGAUGGAGGGGAGGAGGAUGGAGAAGUAGACCAUGGAGAGGAGGAUCAGGAGGAGGAGGUUCAAGAGGAGGAGGAGGUUUUGGGUCAGGAGGAUCAGGUAAUCAUACCUUCAGCACUCAGAGAGGUCUUUGUCAGGCUACCCUAGAUGCAUUUUGUCCGUACAAAGGAUGGGCACACUACUUCAAAGAAGGCUUCAUAGAGAGCUCACCUAGUAUGGAGAAGAUCAAAGUGUUUGAGAAAUAUUUCACUUCCAAGAUUCACCUGUAUGACAAGGACGAGAUUGAGCGUCAGGGCAGUGUUAUGGUAGAUUAUGCAGACUUGACUGGAGACAAGACUGUGCGUAAAGCGCUUCCUGACCUUACCACAGAGUUGAAGGAACAGCCAGAGCUGAUACUCAACUGUUUGGGAGUGGCCAUUCACCAGGUGUUGACUAUAGAUUUGGAGAAACAGGCUGCUGAGUUGCAAGGGGAAGAGCUUCCUGUUGCUACGCCAAUCAUCAACAUCCCUCACAUUAGCGCGAGGCUGUAUAACUAUGAACCGUUGACUCCGUUUCGGGCAUUGCGGGCCAGUGUGUUUGGACAGCUGGUGUGUGUGAGGGGAACAGUGGUCAGAGUUAGCAGCAUCAGACCUAUCUGUACCAGGAUGGCCUUCAAAUGCCUGGGCUGCUCGAAAACACAGUCUCUGCCCCUGCAGCGUGGGAAAUACGCUACACCUACCAAGUGUAUCCAGCCUGACUGUCGCAGUCGUUCCUUCGCUCCCAGCCGGAGCUCUCCUCUUACACACACUGUAGACUGGCAGCUCAUCAAGGUGCAGGAGUUGGUGGGAGGAGAGCAGAGGGAGACUGGACGAAUCCCGCGCACCGUGGAGUGUCACCUGACCUCUGACCUCUGUGACAGCUGCGUCCCUGGAGACACUGUUACUGUGACAGGAAUAGUUGGAGUUGUCACUGAUGGUUGUCCCCGGAGGAAUAAGGAUCAGUGUGUGUUCAUCAUCUACCUUGAAGCUACUUCAGUUAGUAAUACUAAAGGUCAGCAGUCCAAGUCAGGUCAGGGGACACGAGGGUCGCUUGAAGAUCGUUCUGGAGGGGAGGAGUUCAGUCUGAAGGAGCUGUAUGCCAUCCAGGAGAUCCAGUCACAGCCUGAUUUGCUGAGACUCAUAGUACACUCUUUAUGUCCAGUCAUCUAUGGCCAUCUACUGGUGAAAGCUGCCCUUGCCUUAGCAUUGUUUGGAGGCAGACAGAAACACACAGACAAGAACAGUGUUCCAGUCAGAGGAGACCCACACAUCCUGAUGGUGGGAGACCCUGGACUGGGAAAGAGUCAGAUGUUGCAGGCAGUGUGUAAUGUGGCUCCCAGAGGAAUUUACGUAUGUGGCAACAGUGCCAGCACCACAGGACUGACAGUAAGUUUAUCUCGAGACGCAGGAACUGGGGAUUAUGCUCUGGAGGCUGGAGCCUUGGUGCUGGCUGACCAAGGUCUGUGCUGCAUUGACGAGUUUGAUAAGUUGGGCAACCAGCAUCAGGCUCUGUUGGAAGCCAUGGAGCAGCAGUCUGUGAGUCUUGCCAAGGCUGGAAUAGUUUCCUCUCUGCCUGCCAGAACGUCAGUCAUAGCUGCUGCAAACCCAGUUGGAGGACAUUACAACAGAGGCAAGACUGUCUCUGAAAAUCUGAAAAUGGGCUCAGCUCUCCUCUCCCGCUUUGACGUUGUCUUCCUCCUCCUGGACAUCCCAGAUGAGACACUUGACCGCCGCCUGUCAGAGCACGUCAUGGCAAAUAGGGCAGGAAGAGGCAGAACCAGCAGUGCCAGAGUCAACAGGGCAAACAGCCAAUUGGACACCUCCAUCCUGCUAGAACACUCUGACAUCCCGCUGUCUGAACGUUUGCAGAUCCCUGCGGGAGAAACUGUAGACCCCAUUCCAACCUGCUUGUUAAGGAAGUACAUCAGCUAUGCUCGUCAGUACGUCCAUCCCUUGCUCUCUCCUGAAGCAGCACAAACAAUUCAGGACUUCUACCUGUCGCUAAGAUCCCAGGCACACUCUGCUGCCUCCACACCCAUCACCACACGACAACUGGAGUCUUUAAUUAGGUUAACUGAGGCAAGAGCCAGGUUGGACCUCAGGGAGACCGCUACCAAGAGCGAUGCUGAGGAUGUGGUGGAGAUCAUGAAACACAGUCUGGCUGAUACAUAUUCAGAUGGUCUGGGCAAUCUGGACUUCGAGCGCUCUCAGCUUGGGUCAGGCAUGAGUCAGCGCAGCGCUGCGAAACGACUGAUAAACGCACUGCACUCUCACGCACAGAGAACCAAUCAGAAGCAGUUUGACAUACAGAUGCUUCGAAGUGUGGCCGACAGACUGAACAUCAAGGUGAUGGACUUUGAAGGUCUAGUGAGUUCCCUGAAUGAACAGGGUUUCCUGCUGAAGAAAGGAGCCGGGCUGUACCAGCUGCAGACAGUCUGAUCACUGACAUCUGUAACAGACUCUGAAUGCGCGUCUGCUCCUACCUGCAGACCUCGUACAAAGGUCAGUGUUUGGGAUUAAUGAAAAGGGUAUCUCUAUAGAAAAGAAAGAAAAAAAAAAACUUGAAUCCAUUAUCAAGACCACUUCCCCAACCAGUAGACUGCAUUAUAACCUUUUUAAAACUGACAAAGAUAGGACAGACCAUCUCACUGCUGAGACACCUUCUCUCUGCAGGACCCUCUCAGCAAACACAGUUUCCUCAAUGUGCCCAAACCUCCUGCUACAAAACCAAUAAUCUAAGCUAAUCUCAGCUAACUCCAGGACACACACAUCCCUGUUUAGAAAGUCUGCAUUUCUUUAUCCACAAGUAGCUUCAAACUGAACAACUGUAUGACUAUGAUCAUACUUGUGAUUUGGUUUUACUUGCAUUAGACAUCACCGACAUUACUCAAGACUCACCUCGUCAACGAUGUGCUGUGUAACAGGCUCCAUUGUCUACAUAAAGAUAUAAAAAUAUAUAUAAAAAUAACUUAGACUGGUCUACCCUAAUAGUCAGGUACACAUACUUUUGUGUUAUUUUUAUGGUACAUGGUGACUGUUUAAACAACAGAUGGAGCUGAAUCUUGUUUUCAGUAUUUGACGAUGACGAUGGCCGGACAUCUGGAGAGAAAUGGUGAUGUACUUAUAUUUGAUAAAUAUUUAGUAGGUGAUAUACUAUUUUGCUGUUCAGAGUUUUACACAUUUUUAUACUUUUUGACUGUACUAGAAACGCUUUUUUGAAUACAGUUCAAAUGUACUAUAUUUUACACCUCACUGUUAUUUUUAUGUAAAAUUACAUAUAUAUUUAUGUGUAAAUGUGUGGUGUAUAGUAGCUUGGUAAAGUUAAUAAGUUCUAGUUUCAUUGGAACAGUUGUUUCCAGGGAUGCAGCUUCUCCUGAAUCUGUAGAGCAGUUUAUGCUGCACUCCUUAAGAGCAGAAGCUGCUUGAUAAGGGUUGACACGGUGAACAUUCAUCAGCUGAGGUCGUUUCAUAUUCAGCUCAAGCAUUGAACCAUCGCAGAGUUUUUUCAUAUGUUAUAAGUAUCCAAAACUGCAGCCCAUGUAAACAUGUUUAACUACCAAUAACUGAAUGAGGGAGCUUGAGAAAACGCAGAUAUUACCUUCCCUACCCAUAAUUCAGACCUCAUCUGACGUGGUGUUAAGGUGCAAAUAUAUUGUCAUUAUUGCAUUGUAUUGUAUUUUUCAGUUUUCUCAGAUAUUGACUUUGGAAUCGGCCUCAUGAAUCCAGUAUUGGUCGAGUUAUAGUAUGUUGAUCUAAAAAGCUGCACAUGUACAAUGCUUGCUUCUCAUUUUUCUCUUAAUACUUUUUCAAAUGUUCCGUAUUGCUGUUCCUGGUUACUGUCUGUAUG